UGUACAGGGGCAGUAGUUUUUUUCCUCCUUUUAAGUUGCUUUGCCGGAGAAACAUGAAGCGCCGCUAACUGGCAGCUGCGGACAACCGGCCGACCUGCCCUAUUUUACCCGGCGGACUCACCGGAGGACCACACCGGGGUUACUACAUGAGCUCCGAGUAUCUGGAAUAAGGUGGGCAAGUCGCACAACAAAGACCAGACAGGAUGAGAGAGAGAGGCCCCGGCAGAGGAGGAAAAUAGAGAUAAUAGAAAGGAGGGGGAAGAAGAAAAAACAAAGCUAAACAAGAGCAUCUCUGGGAUAAAUAAAUAAAAAGACUUGUUUAGAGAAAAGGCAAGCUAGAUGAAAAGAUGAAACCGAUAAAAAAGCAGGGCCGGCGCUCUCCUCCCUCCACCAGGGCCAAAGGGGGGAAGCGCCGCGGAGCGGGGGACGCCCCAGAAGGAGGGGAGAAGAGAGACUCAGAUGAGAACAGAGACAGAAGCAGAUCCCCACAAAACCGAACACCCUCCGCCUCGUUCUCUUCGAAUUUGCAUUCAGAGUCCUCCCAGACGGACCCAAUCAGAGCACGGGGCACUUCAGAGAGGGAGGGUCCCCACAGAGAAGGGUUGUCAGAAACGACAGUAUCACUCGUGAUGGAUUCUGGGAAAUUUUUGACAUCCUCGGAUGAUAGAUCGGGGAGGUCAGCCGUGAGUGGCAGCAGCCACAGUGACAGUGGUGGUAGUAGUUGUAGUAACAGUAGUACACCAAGCGCCAACAACAGCCCAAACCCCGCCUCCAGCCGAAAAACUGCCACCUUCAAGGCCCGCGUUCCCAAGAAGAAGUACACCUCUGAACACUGCUUGUCUGCUACUGGUAACCAUAGCAACACUUCCUCCAGCACGCCCCCGCCUCUACCUCUUAGUGGUGGGGUCAUUAACCACGGGUCAACGGGUAUCUCUCACCCUGAUGGCAACAGUCAGAGCAGGAGCCUGAUUGAUGACUUCAACAGCAGGACCACUGGCGGGGAGGGUCCUCAGGACGGCUCCCCAGGACCCCCUACCCUGACGUUGGCAGGGGACAGGGAAAGGCCCGGAGGAGUUGAAGGGGCGAGAGAUGCGGAGCGAACGUCGCCCGUCCUCCUACCCCGCUGCUCCUCAACAGACACCGCCAGCGAGCACUCAGCUGACCUGGAGGUAGUCGGGGACACACACGCCAUCACACAAAUGUCUACACACGGACUACCCAGUCUCCCUGAUGCACUGUCUGACGCCCUCGCCAAAGGAAUGAAGAAUCAGCGUGUCCUUGCCCGACAGCUCAGGAGAAGAAGUGACGAGGACGGCGGGGGCGAAAGGAGGGAUGAAGGGGAGAUUUCAGACUUGGUGUUCCGGGCUGGUGUGGUGCGUAAGGUCAGUGGUGAAUUUGGAAGCCUGGAGGUGCAAUUGAACGGUGAGAAGACAUUGUGCCGUUAUCCCUAUCAACAUGACAGCCCCCCAGGGGUGGUGGACAUUAUCCUAGAUGCCCCACCGCCUGGCGUCCAUCCAAUAGCUAUUGGCACCCGUGUCUGUGUACCAUUUGGCAAUGAGGAGGGCAGCGAGGGCCAGUGGCAGUGGUACCGAGAAGGUGUGGUGACCCAGGUGGACACACACCCUGCAGUUGCCAACCGCUACCGUGUCCUGCUGUCUGAGGAAAGACCUGAUUCACUGGAUGAGGAAGAGGAUGGCAGAGGGACAGCUGUUGGGACCCAGGCAGUGUGGGUCUCCCGACAAACACUCAGGCUUCUGGUGCCACCAUGGGACCUGGAUCUGCCGUCUGGAGGGGGACAGGGUGGAGAGGAGGGGGUCAGAGACAAGGAAAUGGAACUGGAGGACAGGGAGGAGAUAGAUGUAGAGCAGGAGGUGUGUCGUUUGAGCCGGGGGAUGACACCCAGUGUGGGGUCCGUGUUGGGGAGAGGAAUACCCUACCCAGGUAUGGUCCCAGUUUCCUCCUCAUCAGGCCACAGCAUUACCUCCCCAGUCACCCCAGCGACAGUCCUCAAUCUGGCUCCAGGCCGAGAGUGGGAAAUUGAGAAAGAGUUAGAGAGGGAGAGGGACCUGCAGAGAAUACAGGAAAGAGAGAUGGAAAGAGAGAGAGAAAGGGAGAACAGUGCGAAGCAGCAGCAGCACCACCAACAACAACAGCAGCAACACCACCCAUACAUGCCACUCACCCCCGAAGACGACAUGGAGGUGUCUCACUUUAACAUGCUUCCAAUGGGGGCGAUCAUACCUGGGGCCAAACAAAUGGCACUUCCCCAGCACCGCCACAUCAUCUCUAAGCCCCCGCCUGGCUACCUCAAUCCACACCUUUCUGUGGUACGGGGCAUCGGGGUCCCCCCUACCCACCUGGCCUUGAAUCCCCACCCCCCUCCUUCACCUGUCCUAUUAGGCCUUGAUCCAGCAACCGCAGCAGCUGCAGCAGCUGUCAUUACCACUCCUCAGCUUCCCCCUCUCCCUCCCAUCUCCUCUUCCACUGCAUCCUCCUCCAGAGUAGACAAGGCCCAAGGAGGAUGUUCUUCUAGUGGAGGAGCUGGUGGUGGCGGUGGAUCUGGAUCAGGUUCAACCUCCUCCUCUUCCUCACGUUCGCGCACACCUCUGACAGCUGCCCAGCAAAAGUACAAGAAGGGAGAUGUGGUGUGCACGCCAACAGGCAUACGUAAGAAGUUCAAUGGGAAGCAGUGGAGGAGGUUGUGCUCCAGGGAAGGCUGCUCUAAAGAGUCCCAGCGCCGAGGAUACUGCUCCAGACACCUCUCAAUGAGGACCAAGGAGAUGGAAGCCAGUGGAGGAAGCCGGGAACGGGGUGGAGCCAGCAGCACAGGGACCCUGACGCCGUCUGACCUCCGAAUGAGUGGUGGAAGAGCUAGCUCAGAGUUUGACUGGGAUGAGACGUCACGCGAAAGCAGUGAGGCCAGCAGCCGUGGAGGAGACUCCCGCCCUCGCCUGGUCCUUCCCUCUCUGCUCCCACAGGACCUCUCUCGUUUUGACUUUGAUGAGUGUGAAGCAGCGACCAUGCUGGUCUCCCUGGGGGGCUCCCGCUCAGGCACGCCCUCAUACUCGCCUAUCUCAAACCAGUCGCCAUUCUCCCCUACCCCAUCACCCUCACCCUCUCCGCUCUUCGGCUUUCGUCCUGCCAAUUUCAGCCCCAUCACUGCUCCCUCCUCACUUACGCCACGCCGCCAUCGCCAGCUUAGCGGCACUAAGAUGGGUACGCCAGGUGUUGAGCGAGAGCGGCACUUGUCUGGGAUUGUGCCCACUUUUCAGACCAAUCUCACUUUCACGGUCCCCAUGAGCCCUAGCAAAAGGAAGCUCGACACCCACCCACCCCCUCCACUGCCUGCCAUCCAGGACUACCAGACCAAACCUGAGCAACAGCAGCUGGUGAGCAUGGUGGGAGACCCAUCCCUCGGCCACAACCCUGCCGCCUUCAGAGUCCUUUCCCCCCAGAGUCAGCCCACCACCCCCUCCUCACUUUCCUUUCCCCGGCCUCGUAGCGCCACCAGCAGGCCACCAUCCUCUGCUGCCUCCACGCCUCCACCCAUGCUGGUCUCUCCGACCCCUCCCUCCCCGCUGCCCCAGGAACCCUCCCCACGCCGCAUUGUGCCGCUCCGUGAUUCCCCAGUCAUUGUCCGAAACCCAGAUGUCCCCCUUGCCAAGUUCUCUGAUGGCCCGUUGGGGAGGAGAGAGAGGAGCAGGUCCAGAGAGCACAACCAGCCCCAACACGCAGCUCUCCCGGGCCUCCAGGUCCCUGUUCCCAUCAACGGGGCCACCACCAACGGUGCAGUUCUCCUGCGCAACCCUACAUCCACACUUGUCCUGGUCACCUCCAGCUCGUCGCUGACUCCAGCCACGGGAGGCCACGCCGCAUUGUCCAGCCCGUCCGCGAUGCCCACGUCAUUGGGCUCCAUCCUGUCCUCCUCUGGCUCUGGCGGCCGGGAGAGGGAGAGGAAACCUGAGGGACACCAGGAUGCCUCCAGCGGGGGACUGCCCCAGCCGGUGGCCUGUCACCCCACGCCGACGGCCCUUCUGCCGCUCAUACUGCCAGCUGAGUCGCCACACCCUGCUCCGCGCAAGCAAAUCAUCAUGGGACGUCCGGGGACUGUUUGGACCAACGUGGAGCCUCGGUCGGUGCCAGUGUUUCCUUGGCAUUCGCUCGUCCCUUUCCUGGAGCCCAGCCAAACAGGAGGGGCUGCCCAGCCCGCCGACGGCCAACAGCUUGUCAAUCAGAGCAAAGAACCUCGUUGUGGAGUGGCCCUGGUGACGGACGGACGGACCGGCCCCCCAGACCUAGAGAGGGGAUCGACGUCAUGCCCUCCCCCGACCAAUGACAAUCCUCCUACAGAGAGGGGCGGGGCUGACAGCGAAACAGAGAGCGAUAUAGACGACCCGUUCUCCCCGGGCGUGGCCAACGACGCGGCGCCCUCAGCUGGCACCAUGAAGAGGCGCACGCAGUCCCUCAGCGCCCUGCCCAAGGACGGAGACAGGAAGAGGGAGAAGGACCAUAUCCGCAGACCGAUGAACGCGUUCAUGAUCUUCAGCAAGCGCCACCGGGCCCUGGUGCACCAGCGACAUCCCAACCAGGACAACCGAACAGUCAGCAAGAUCCUGGGCGAGUGGUGGUACGCUCUGGGGCCCAACGAGAAGCAGCAGUACCAUGAUCUGGCCUUCCAGGUGAAAGAGGCACACUUCAGAGCACACCCAGACUGGAAGUGGUGCAACAAGGACCGCAGGAAGUCGCUGUCUGAGAGCCGUGGGAUGCCAAAGGAGUCGCGGGAGAGGAGCAUGUCAGAGAGCAUAGAUCCCCAUGCGGAGUCUCAGGUGCCGGAGGGGGGGAAGGGAGGAGGCUUGUGCUGGCGGGGAUCGGAGCGUCGAGGGGGGCUGUUCGUGGGGCAGCACCCCCGUCCCCGAGCCUUUUCCCAGAGCGCCGUGCACACCCUGGAGCAAAGGGAGAGAGACCUGGAGAAGGAGGACGGGCCGAGUUUGUUUCGCCGCCAGCCCCCGCCUCAGGCCCUGUGCGAGGACGUGACCAGCGACGAAGAGCGCAUGGUCAUCUGUGAGGAAGAGGGAGACGACGACGUCAUGGAGGAUUCCUGUCCUGAAGGCUCCAUCGACCUCAAGUGUAAAGAGAGAGUGACGGACAGCGAUGAAGACGAACCAGAUGGACAGCAUGGCUUCCAGCCAGUGGCUCGCUCCUCUCUCCCCUCUCCCUCCACCCCUCACUCCGACUCCACUUCUGCUAAAGGGAGUGGUGGAGGAGAAGGAGGAGGUGAAGAGGGGUCUGAGAGGAAGAGAAAGAGAGACGGAGGAGAGGAGGGGAGCGAGGGAAGAUCCAGGAAAGAAGAAGCGGCAGCUGGUGGAGGAGAAGGAGGUGGAGGAGGUGGUGGGGUCUUUUCUCUGUCCACCGCUGGCCCGACCAGCGGCCAGGCUCCCAUCGCUUCGGCCCAGCAGGGUUUGAACCAGGUCCUCGGCGCCGUUCGCAUGGCCCCCACAAUGGUGACCAAUGUGGUGCGACCCGUCGCCAGCACGCACGUCCCCAUCGCCAGCAAGCCGGUGGAGGGAGCAGGCGCCUGCAACUCCCUGCCUCAGGAAAAAAAUGCUACUCUCCUGAUUGGAGGAGGCGGACCUCAGCAGCUGCCAAUCGCCGCGGGUGGUGGUGGGUACCUGUCCUCAUCCUCCUACCCCGGUCCAGUCAGUGUAACUCCCGUGGGGGGUGGCGCCCUGGUCACUAGCCUAGUUCUGGGAGGGUCCUUUCCCGCCACCCAGCCAGUGCAGCUCCUCACCCCGCAGCCCCAAAUGCCCCCGCACGCACAAACCCCCCUACCUGUCCUCCAGCCACAGCUCCACCACACCGGCGCCAGCAUCUCCACUCUCACACCUCCCGCUGGCCCCAAGCCACUAGCGCAGGUCCAAUACAACCUGCCCACCGAGGGCCCGUCCUCCCCUCAACUCACCCACCAGCAAAUUCUGUCCCUGCCCACCAAUACCGCCCUGGCCAAUGGCAUGCCCUCGGGGGUGGGCAUCAGAGUCGCAUCAGUCAGCCCCGGAACCAGAGUCCAAACCCAGUCGCCGGUCUUGCAGAGCAAGAUGUUGGUUCCCAUGGCAACAGUGAGAACAGGGUCUACUCCUCCUAAUCCCUCCAUUUCUCUGGUCGCUCCGCCUCUUCCUGUGCAGAACGGCUCCGUGACGGGAAACAAGAUCAUCCAGAUUGCUCCAAUGCCUGUUGUCCAGACCAGCGUUCAUCCUUGCAACGCAGCAGCAGUGCAUCCUGGGAGCCCCUUUCCUGUUUCCGUGGCAACAGUGAUGGCUCCUGGUGCCGCGCCCCCGCAGACCGUUCUUCUGACCUCUCCACCUACCAGGAUCACCUAUGUCCAGUCCGGCCCGGGAGUUACCCCGUCAAUGCCCCAACAGGCCAUGCCCGCUCCGGGCCCUGCGUAUCUCCAAUCAACCCUGGGCUUCACCGCCAUCGCCCCAGCGGGGCAAACCCUGCUACAGCCGAUCGCUGGUCAACCCCCACUUUUGGCUCCAGCCCCGCCCCUCAGCUGUCAACCACAGACCCCCCCGGGUCCCGUGGGAGCUGCUGGUCGUCAGGUGCUAACCGCCAUCUACCCUGCGCCAACCGUUGCGCUGCCUGCUGGCGUGGUCUCUGUGACUGCUCUGCCGCCUGCAGUGGCCGCCCCGGCCCAGGACGUGAUGGGCCCUUCCCCUCCGUCGGCGGCAGGGGGGUGGGGCUCAGCGGUGGCGACCCUUCAGCCUAACGCUGCAGAGGAGAUGGAGCUGAAGGUGGAGGUGAAGAAGGAGAACCUGGCGGACGGUCCGACUGAGGACGGGUGGUCGAGCUGUGCUGCCAGCUCCUCGUUGGCCACCUGUGCGAUGAAUGUCACAGCAGUUAAAAAAGAGGAGGAUUUCGGCCUGCACAUCAAACAGGAAAACCUCAGAGAUGGACACAGCGUCGAGAGACAAAGCGACAGCGACAGGGAGCAAGAGAGAGGGGUGAAGGAGAGCAGUGAGAAAAAGGGAGGCAGGGAGACUUGCAGAGAGGACCACAGCAGCAGAGAGGCCGGACCUCGCACCCCUCCUCCGCCGCCCCCGUGUUUGGCCCCACCCCCUCCUCCUGCGGAAAGAGAGCCCCCUUCCUCGAAGAAGACCAAGUUCAGACCCCCGCCGCUCAAAAAGACACCCGACUCUCUCGAGAAGGCCCUUUCGGAGACGUACUUUGAGGAGCGCUUUGCUGAGCUUCCAGAGUUCAACCCGGAGGAGGUCCUGCCUUCGCCCACUCUGCAGAGUCUAGCCACCUCGCCAAGAGCCAUCCUGGGAAGCUACCGCAGGAAGAGACGCAACUCCACCGACCUGGAGCUGACGGCUGAAGACCCCAGCUCCCCAAGGAGGAAGACCCGUCGUCUCUCCAGCUGCAGCUCGGAGCCCAACACCCCAAAAAGCGCCGCCAAGUGUGAGGGAGAGAUCUUCACCUUCGACAGAGCUGGUGCAGAAGGAGAGGAUCUACUUGGAGACUUGGACCGAGUCCCCUACUCGUCUCUGCGCAGAACUCUGGAUCAGAGGCGGGCCCUGGUCAUGCAACUGUUUCAAGAACAUGGCUUCUUUCCCUCAGCUCAGGCCACCGCCGCCUUCCAGGCACGCUACUCAGACACCUUCCCCACCAAGGUGUGUCUGCAGCUGAAGAUCCGAGAGGUCCGUCAGAAGAUCAUGCAGACGGCCACGCCCGGAACCUUCGAGCCGGGAGUGCUGGCCGGGUUGGCCGAAGCCGGCCCCGCCCCGUCCCACAGCGCCUCUUUCAAUCAAUCAGCCCGGGAGGACGGAGGGGCGGAGCAGCAAGGAGACAAAGCCAGGAGCCCCGGGGAGCCAAAGAGCGAGGUGUCCUAAGCUGGACGGGACAACAGAACGGGAAAAUAAAUCGAGGAAGAGAAGAAGAGAGAGAAGAAUGUUCUUGUGUGCAUUGAAGCAGUAGUGUGAAUGGCUCCAGCGGGAUCCGUUCUGCUGGCACUAAUGUCCACCAGACCUGGGCAACAAUUACAUUUGUAUACGGUUGCAAAUAUUCAAAGUACUCGAGGUGCGCUUGAUUAGUCCAAUCAGACUUUUAAAUUAAAAAAGCCUCAAAAAUGGACGAAUCAAGUCCUGACGAGUCAAGUGCUUCUUGCAGUAUUAUUUCCCCUUGUUUAUUUUUUUUCCCGCCCAAGUAUCCUGAAUAUUUUCAGUUACCACUUUGCCCAGGUCUGCUUUCAGCACAUUUGUACAGUAGUUUGUAGUUCGACACACAAACUCUGUGGCGCACACUUACUAUCUCUCCGGCACACACAUACACACACGAACCAUGGUGCAUAUGUAAUCUCCAGCAUGCACAUGAUCCCACAUAAAAAAAAAAAAACACACACACACACACACACACACACACACACACCCUUACCAAAUCAGACUGUUACUCUUGGUUGGCGGUCCCCGGGAGCAGCCACCAAGGAUCAUGACACACAAAGGCACUUUGUCACUUAUUGUGCAGAUGCAGUUUGCUGUUGCCAGCCAGCCAGCCAGCCAGCCAGCCAGCCAGCCAGCCCUCAGAUGCCAUGACUUGACCUCCUUCUCGCCCCUUCCACUCCUCAGCACAGUGGUCGGGACGCAAAACACAACCCCAACGACCUCCACUGAUAUUCCACGGCCCCUCAAUGCUGCAAGACAGACAGCACACGCACACAUAUACAGCACAUUACACACACACACACACACACACACACACACACACACACACACAGACACACACACAAACAUGGACACAUCUGUGCAGUGUGAGCACUCGUAUACAAACAAAGUCAAACCUGGUCUGACCAAGCCAUUGGCCUGCACAGUUUUUAGUGAUUGUAGUGAGAAGAGAAACUGAAAGCGUGAAACCGAUUCGCUCCUGGAGAAGAAAAAAACAAAUAAGGAAGGCAGGAGUUGGGAUGUAGUGUGACCAAUUUAUUGCACCUUUAGUUAUUGCCAUUAUGAAAGACUGAGUCCUCAUUGGCGGGAGCUAAUACUAUAUGUCUGUAUGUCUGUAGGGGUCCCCCUCCCCGAAAAAAAACCUGUGCAAACAGGCACCGUAAAGAGAUUAUGUAAAGAGACUGUUGGUCGUGAGGCUUCUAAGAAUCUACGUUUAAGUUCGACACUGACUGACCGGCUCCCGACGGAGCACAGAGAAAAAAGGCAGAAGAAGAAGAACGGCGUACGACGCUCAUUGGAUGGAGGAUUCAUAUUCCAACCAUAGGAGGACAAGAUAAUAAUAAUAGUGAAUAAGGACAACAACACGAUAAAGCUUGCCAACAGAGAGAAAAAGGUAGAAUUUGAACCAAACUUCUCUGAAUCUCCCAGUGGAUAUAAUGUUGCUUUCUCUUGUUAUCGUUGCCGUGGAAAUAACCAGUUAUACCGUGGCCUGUUUUUUUCUCUUGUGGCUCUAUUGUGUUUCUUCUCAAGAAUAAAAAAAAAAAAUCACAAAAAAAAAAA